AUGGACAAUCUGGCCUGUCACGGGUCUGAGACCGACUUGGCCUCCUGUACAUUUAACGGAUGGGGUGUACAUAACUGCCAACACAGCCAGGAUGUUGCCGUUAGCUGUGAUUUACCAAUUCGAUUAUCACAAAGUGAAUAUCAAGGUCGAAUAGAGGUAUUCCAUAACGGUGUGUGGGGAACUGUGUGUGAUGAUAUAUUCGACACGGACGAUGCUAUGGUGGUGUGUCGGACUCUAGGAUACAAUACAUUACAUCCAGUGAUAAAGGCCUCAGCUGGUUAUGGAGAGGGAUCCGGGACGAUUUGGAUGGACAAUUUAAACUGUAAUGGUACGGAGGAUGAUAUACAGGACUGUCGAUUCAAUGGAUGGGGAUCAAACGACUGCAGUCAUGGCGAAGAUGUUGGAGUGUCAUGUAACGCUAAUCCGAUACGGUUGGUUAACGGUACUGAUGUAGGAGGAGGGCGCCUGGAAGUUUUCAGAGGAAGCUGGGGGACCGUAUGUGACGACAGUUUUGGUGUAACAGAUGCUACUGUUGUAUGCAGUAUACUUGGUUAUCAAAAUGCGAAUCCUGUUGCAACAGGCCUUGCUAAAUAUGGUCAAGGAUCGGGGCGGAUAUGGAUGGAUGACGUUGUCUGCAGAGGAACGGAAACAGACAUAGGAAGUUGUCCAUUCAAAGACAACUCAUGGGGGCAUCAUAACUGUCAACACUCCGAGGAUGUAUCUGUUGAUUGCAGUAAAACCCGUUACAUCUUGUAUUUCCAUAUCCAUAUAAAAACAAAAACAAAAAACAAAAACCUAAAAAAAAAAUAAUGUAAAUUAUGGCACACAGGUUAUUUAAGGAGUGAUUUGAUAUAUUUUCAAAGAAACAAUGUUCACUCUGCAUAAACUGCGUGAUGAGAGUACGCUCUGAUGUUUUGAGCUAUGGCUACACAACAAACAAAAUAUGUUUAAGUUAAUCUUUAUAAUUUAAUCUGCUGUACACAAUCUACUGCACAUAGUCUACUGUAACCCCAUGAAGGGUUAUCAGCCCUUGAUUGUACAUGAAGGGUUAUCAGCCCUUGAUUGUACAUGAAGGGUUAUCAGACCUUGAUUGUAUAUGAAGGGUUAUCGGCCCUUGAAUGUUUAUGUAUGCCAAUAUAAUUAUA